AUCUAUCCUCUCUCUUUCUCUCUCACCUCAGAUAAUGAACUAAAGAUUUCUCUGAAAGCUGACUUCAAAAGCUUUUUCUGAAGAAAGAAGAAAACAAGCUGAUCUUUAAUUGAUAUUUUAUUUAUUUAUAUGUAAAUUUAAAGGAUGGGGAGACAUUCAUGCUGUUAUAAACAGAAGCUGAGGAAAGGACUUUGGUCUCCUGAAGAAGACGAGAAGCUUCUUAGGUACAUCACCAAGUACGGCCAUGGCUGUUGGAGCUCUGUCCCUAAACAAGCUGGUUUGCAGAGAUGUGGAAAGAGCUGUAGAUUAAGAUGGAUAAAUUAUCUACGACCAGAUUUGAAGCGAGGAGCAUUUUCACCGGAUGAAGAAAAUCUCAUUAUUGAACUCCAUGCCGUUCUUGGAAAUAGGUGGUCUCAGAUUGCUGCACAGCUUCCUGGUAGAACCGACAAUGAAAUCAAGAACCUGUGGAAUUCUUGCUUGAAGAAGAAACUCAGGCUGAGAGGGAUUGACCCGGUUACACACAAGCUCUUAACCGAAAUCGAGACCGGUACAGAUGACAAAACCAACCCGGUUGAGAAGAGUCAGCAGAGCUACCUCGCUGAGACAGAAGGCUCCUCUAGUACUACCACUGGCAGUACUAACCAAAACAACAACAACACUGAUCAUCUUUAUACCGGAAAUUUCGGUUUCCAACGGUUAAGUUUAGACACCGGCUCAAGAAUACCGACCGGUUCAGACCUCGGCAUAUGGAUUCCCCGAACCGGAAGAAAUCAUCAUCAUCAUGUUGAUAUCAGCGCUGAUACCGUCCCUAGUGCAGUGGUGCUACCCGGUUCAAUGUUCUCGUCCGGUUUAAUCGGUUCGACAACCACUUACAGAUCCUCCAAUCUCGGUUUAAUCGAAUUGGAAAACUCAUUCUCAACCGGGCCAAUGAUUACAGAGCAGCAACUUCAAGAGAGUAAUUACAACAAUUCGACAUUCUUUGGAACUGGAAAUCUGAAUUGGGGAUUAACAAUGGAGGAACAUCCAUUCACAAUAGCGAAUAAUUCUUUACAGAAUCAUUCAAAUUCGUCGUUAUACAGUGAAAUCAAAUCGGAGACCAAUUUUUUUGGUACGGAGGCUACAAAUGUUGGUAUGUGGCCAUGUAACCAGCUUCAGCCUCAGCAACAUGCAUAUGGCCAUAUAUAAUCCUCGUGUAUAUCAUAAGGUGUGUGAAUCUUCUUUUUCUUCUUCAUGUUUUUUUCUUCUUUUUCAAAAAUUGAACUAAAUAUAUGGUUGUGUAUAUAGAGUUUGUGUUAUAUAUCAUUUAAUUUAACAGUAUUGUUUUUACAUUUUUCCUUUUUUAUUUGAUGUAAUUUGUCAAGAAAAGUUUUACUGGACUUUGAGAUUUUGCUUCUCUAUUGCU